AUGGCGUCUGGCCAGAAAGCUGCCCGGGUGGGCGAAGAGGUGUGGAAAACACGAGUGGAGAAAGUCAAUGCUGAGCUGGUCACCCUCACAUACGGAACCAUUGUGGCUCAGCUUUGCACCGACUACGACUAUGAUUAUGCCCAAGUCAACCAGCAGCUGGACAAGAUGGGUUACAAUAUCGGCAUGCGCCUCAUCGAAGACUUCCUGGCCAAGUCCAACAUUGGUCGCUGUGGAAAUUUCAGGGAUACCGCAGAGAUGAUCUCCAAGGUCGGCUUUAAGAUCUUUCUCAACGUCACCCCGACUGUCACCAACUGGACCGCAGACAACAAGCAAUUCUCGCUGCUGUUUGACGAAAACCCUCUGGCUGACUUUGUGGAACUUCCUGACGACGGCCGGGCUCAAGAUGAGCUGUGGUUUUCGAAUAUUCUCUGUGGUGUUCUACGCGGAGCGUUGGAGAUGGUUCAAAUGUCUAUCGAGGCCCGCUUUGUGAGCGACGUGCUCCGAGGCAACGAUGUUACGGAAAUGCGGGUGACCCUACUCCGAUACAUUGAAGACGAGAUGCCCCCCGACGACGAUUAG